AUGUCCGAGCAAAAGGCACGGGUUCUAAUUGUCGGCACCGGCAGUUUUGGUACCAUGUCAGGCUAUGCGCUCGAGCAGGGUGGCAAAGCUGAGGUAACGGCAGUUAUGCGAUCCAACUACGAAGCCGUGAAGGCGAACGGCGUGAACAUCGAUUCCGUGCAACACGGCAAUGGCAUCAGAUUCAGACCUAUCAAUCAACGGAAUCAACAUCGAGAAGCCCAUCAUCCCCGCUUCCCCACAAACCCAAUCAUCAGCAGCGUCUCCUUCGUGGGUGCAACCACGCUCUCACACUGCGACAUCCUGCAUGAUGAUCCAGACGACCAGAAAAUCGGCCCUUUCUCCAGUCCCGGAGUUCCAGCCCAAGUCGCCGAGGACGCGGCCAAGCGUUAUAUCGAUAUCUACAACCCGCACGGCAAGCUCGAUCUGAUCUAUGACGCGGAUGUCCGUCGCUGUCGCUGGCGCAAGCUGCUUUACAAUGGCUCUUACAACCCCGUUUCUACUAUCCUGCGCAUGGAUACGCCGCGCAUGAGAAUGAGUGCACAUGUCAUUGAUGACCUUAUCCGUCCUAUAAUGAAGGAGAUUCUUGCUGCAGCGCGUGCGGACAUUGUUACAGAUUUCACGGAUAACCUUGUUGAGAGCGAUAUUGAGAAGGGGAAUUUGUUUGAGGUUGAGAAUAUUGUUGAGGAGACUUUGCGCGAGGGUGAGGCGAAGAGUGUGCCUAUGCCUACUCUUCGCACGGUCUAUGGUAUUCUCAAGGGAUUGCAGUUGCAGUUUAAGGAGAGUAAGGGAUUGUGGAAGCCUAAGUUUACUGUUGACAACCCGUAUCAAUAA